CAUUCACAAACCUCGCUCGCCGUCCGUCACUCGAGCGAGCCUUGGAAAAAUCGAUACUGGCGUCGGCCAUCGCAAAGAGUGCAAGUGAGGUGAAAAGUUUUCGUCUUUCCAGUUUAGAUCAUAAUUUGUAGUGAAUUUGUGCAAGAAACGUCAUUAACAAAAAUUCGGCACACUGGCGGACACCAUCAGCAUAAUGGACGCGGUCGAGGAGAUGGACCUGAUCGAGGAUGACAACAUCACCGGUGCGUCCGAUGAUGAUGACGACGAUAAUCCAAGUAGUCCGGGCAGCGCGUACGACGAUGGGACCAACCUGAUCGAUGUGGCCAUGGAAAAUGAAGUUACCGCACAGCUGGUUGCCGCUGGCGUAGUAGGCGUUGCAGCAGCAGCCGCCAUCACAUCGUCCAAAAAGAAGAAACGGCCACAUUCAUUCGAGACCAAUCCGUCUAUCCGGAAGCGGCAGCAGAAUCGAUUGCUGAGGAAGUUGAGGCAAACCAUUUUUGAGUACGCUACACGUGUCGGUCAGCAGGCGGUCGUCUUGGUUGCCACUCCUGGCAAGCCGAACAACAUUUUCAAAGUUUUCGGUGCAAAACCCCUAGAGGACGUUCUGAAAAAUCUCCGCCCAAACGUCAUGGAUAAACUGGACGAAGCUCUGGCAGCGCAAGCCCCUCCACGAGUUCAGGACGAUCCAUCGUUGUUCGAACUGCCUCCGCUAAUCAUCGACGGCAUCCCGACGCCGGUAGAGAAGAUGACACAAGCACAGCUCCGCGCAUUCAUCCCACUGAUGCUGAAGUAUUCCACAGGACGGGGAAAACCUGGUUGGGGAAGGGAUUCAACACGUCCAGCUUGGUGGCCUAAGGAACUUCCCUGGGCUAAUGUUCGAAUGGAUGCCCGUACCGAAGAGGAAAAACAGAAGAUAAGUUGGACUCAUGCUCUGCGAAAGAUUGUCAUCAACUGCUACAAAUAUCACGGCAGAGAAGAUCUGCUUCCAGCGUUCAGCGAAGAAGACGAGAAGGCCAACGCCAUAGCAACGGCUAAUUCUAAUGUUGAGCAGAUCAAGAUUCAGAACACAAACGUCAUAACGACUACCACAACGGGAGGAAACUCCUUGGCAAGUAGUAGCACAACCGGCGGUCAACAAAUCGUCAUCCAGCAUCAGCCAACACAUACAACUAUCACGACCACUGCGGCCAAUCCCCAUCAAACGACGCAGAUCAUCAAGGAGGUCUCGGACGGGACGAUUCAAAUCCAACAGCACCCGUCGCCCACGCAGACCCUGAAUGCGCAGGUUUGCCUCGACUCGAUGGCGCUAAGCGAUGUGGAUUACACGCACACAGUACUUCAAACAAUCCAGAACCCCGAUGGAACCGUUUCGAUCAUUCAGGUCGAUCCCAACAAUCCAAUCAUCACGCUUCCAGACGGAACGACGGCACAAGUGCAAGGCAUCGCUACGUUACAAGCCCAAAACGACGGCGGAGUUCACACAAUUCAAACCAUUUCCGAUGGGCAGGGUGAAAGUAUGUCGGUGGAUCUGACGGAGGCAACCCUUGGACAGGAUGGGCAGCUAAUAAUCACCGGUGAAGAUGGUCAAGAGUAUUCCUACUCGGGCUUCCCGGUCAGUGGCAUGAUAACGGUCCCAGUGUCAACCCAGAUGUAUCAGACCAUGGUCGCCAACAUCCAGCAGCUGCCGAACGGGGACGGAACGGUGUGCAUAACGCCAAUGCAGGUACAUAAUCAAAACCAAACAGUGAAUCUUAACAACCGGACGACUGUACCUACGCAAAACGUGACCAUUUCAAACAACAGUAGUAAUAAUAGUGCCAAUGUCAGUAACGUUACUUAUAACAGUCUCCUUCAGAGCAACGGUAGUUUCAAUAUCAAUCACCUUAAGAGGCCUCGAAGCGAUUCGAGUAUUGCUAACGCUAGUUUAGCUAACAUCGCGAAUAUGACCCGUCGAAACCAAAUUGACCAAAUUAAUCAGUUGCUAGCAAGCCAAAGUAAGAAAAUCAAUGUGAUAGCAAAUAACAAUAAUAAUAACAGUCAAAACGCUCACAAUAACAAUGUGAAAAUUAAUCUCCCGAAAGAACCGACCGCUGAGUCGGAUGAAUCGUGCCAAAAAACCUCUUCCUCUGCCGUCCCAACUCCGACAAACCCAGUUCUUCCUCAGAGUAUCGUCAUACAACUAAAUGGGUCCAUCCUGAACAAGGAAGUGGAUCUGUCGGCAGUGAUCGAAAAACAGAUCCAGCUUGUUAAGCAAGAACGAGAGGCGGCACAGCUCAGAAGUCAAAACCAAACCCAUAAAAUAUCCAGUGCUCCACCUCAGCAACCAUUGACUGCACCAAAUGACGACAACGGCUCGCCUACUAUGUCCUCCUCAAUGGCAUCUGCUCCAAUCAAAAUGGAGGGCGAUUGUCAGGAAAACGUCGACGAGAUGGAUAAAGAUGAGGAAGAGGAAAACGUCUAUGAAACCGAAGAGAUUACCAUUACCAGAAUCUGAUUGGCUUUACGGAAAAUUAGGCUAUUUCUUAUUAGUAUUUAUCCCACUGUAAUUUAUUCUGUCGUGCUCAGUACCAUUUUUUGAAACGACUGAGCUAAUCAAGUUCAUUUUUACCGAAUCUCUACAACUUUUGACAUUUCAUUAUCGGUAAAUCAUCGAGUCUCUGCAAAUCAAAUUACUGGGCGUUUUAAAAAUCAGUGAAAAAAUCUUGGCUUAAAGGUUGAAGUAGAUGUGAAUGACUGUUUGCAACGGUCAAAGACCCUGACUUGGACGUACUAUACUUUUAGACUCAAAGCGCACACCACCAUUUGUUUUUCCUUGAGUUACGCCAUUUUAGUCAUAUUAUUAGUAUGGACUGGUUGAGUUUGUGUAGAAUUUCGGUUCAUUAUUUUAUUACUGUAAAAAAACAGAUUGAUAAAUCAUGUACAUUUAGGAAAAAUAGAUUAAUCUGCAUGCGUCACUUUCCUACCAUUGGCAAUACCGGAAUUUUUGUUCAAGAAUCCAAAUGUGCCAAAUAUAACACACCAAAGUACGAGGCCAUUCAACAAAAUAAUGUAACCAAACGCAGUAGGCGUUGAAAUGGUUACAAUCAUAGUGACAAUCUAGUCGGCCUAGCAUAUUGCAUAGGUGCCAUCAAUCCCAGUCUGAAUCGGUCCGCAUAUUCAAGCAUCGUUGUGGACUGGCUGCAAUCAUGUAACGUCUACCUAUCAAAUCUAUUUAUUGAGUAGAAAAUGACAAAUAAGAAGGGUCACAAAACAGAAACCAAAUCGUGCAAUUUGAUUUUAACGAAGUGAAUUGUCUAGCUAAAUAGGAAAUGUAUUUCUAAAUUGCAUCAUUUAUUUAUGAAAGUAGUCAUCGCGUUUCGCGCCGUGAAACGAACUAGAUUUAAGUUGUAGAACAGAGUCAACCUGAAUUUCCAAUGUAUGUUUUCAUAUUUAGUUUCGUGCCAUUUUUGUUUACUUUAGUGUUCGUGUUUUGCAUUAUUUAUUUCUCAUCCUAAUAAGAUAUGAUUUCGUGUGUUUGUUUAGUAUUUCGGUAUUUUGUAAGAUGUUUAUGAUAGAAAAAAGUCAACCCUUAAAUUUGUAUUGCAAUAAAGAGAGUAUCUUUUUA